AUGGAUCCUCAAGCUGACCCAACCAAUCUGAUAGGUCACCUCCUCAGCCUCAUCGACAUUAUGGAUGAUGACGAUGUGGCCGAUUGGCUGCAUCAUCAUGUCACCAGACCAACAACUAACCCCCAAGGAAUCGGAAUCGGAUGGCCAAUUGUUUUGAAUUUCGUAACCCCAACUUCUAACUUCUAUGAACUUACUCGUAUUCUCAACCUUACCACGUUGAUUACCCCUAUUCAGCUAUUGCCCUUGGUUUGUCCCACUUCUCGACUCGAUUCCUUCAACAUGAGUCGGUGUUCUGGAUACGACACCGAUGACACUCAAAGUCAACCUCGUCGAACUUCUCGGAUCUCCACCCCGCUCCGAUUGGAUCCAGGGAUGAUCCAACCAUCCCAGGAUAGCCGCCGCGGUCUCUUUAAUCCCUCUUCCCAACCACCAUCAUCCAGUGGCCUCAAACGAGCUCGUUCGACUUCUAGAUCCGAUUGUGACGUAGUUGGCGGUCUCAAUGUCCCAACCCAGGGCCAAAUGUCCAAGACUGUCAAUCAGGCCAAGCCCACCAGUCAGCAGAGAUCGGGUAUUGCUAAACCGAAAGGAUCUACGAAACCGACCUCCGUUUCCACUGCUUCUUCUGUUAUCCGCGCGUCAGGAUCAAAACUCAAAGGAAAGACUAGAUCAAAACCAAAACCUGAUUCGACUGCGUCCUCUGUUACCAAUGCGUCCGGUUAUACGAAUCAAAAUAAGGAACAAGGCCAUCCCAAAUUGCCAACCCAAGAAAAAUUCGAUGGAUUUGCGCCAAGACUCUGA